UGAAAACCGUUUAUAUAUAUAUAUAUGGAGCUUCUUACACUAUUCAAUCACGAUUUCUGACAGCAACCACGCACCUGAUCCACUCAAGAUGAUGUUACAAACGGUGCUAGUAUGCCUCGCGGCCGGUAUCGCCUUCGGCCAAACGGACAGCGCACACAACACCACUGUUACCGACAACACGAUGGUCACCCCGGCUCACACCAGCUUCCAGACGCCCACCGCCGAUUACCCUAAUGAGAAUGAAAACGCUGGAUUAUCCCCGAUCAACGCCCAUCCAACAUACCUAGGCUUAAACAACCUUUUAACCUGGAUUCAUGGCGGCCCCAUUAAUCAGGGAAUCCCAGCCACGAACGGGGCCCCAUUUGUCGUUGGGUUUGCCCCGCUCAUCAAGCCCGGUCAUUGCCCUCCAUUACGUGCCCAUUGCCUUCCGGGCUAUCCUCAGUACCUCCGCACGACGGCGUUCCUCCCAGCUCAGGUCUGCGCCGGUGACUUUGACUGCCCCGAGAAUAACAAGUGCUGUUUUGAUAUCUGCCUCAACGAGAGCGUUUGCAAGCCUUCGACGAGGAUUUACUGGUUGUAGAGGUUGUUCGUGAGACUUGGUGUUCAACUCUUGCUUAUGUCUUUACUCUGAAUGACUGUCAUGGAGAACUCUCAGUGAAUAAGAGAAGAGUACUUGUA